AUGGCGAAUAGAGCUCUAGCGCCCUUAUCGGACGCUGAAUUGACCAAGCUGGCCACCCUGGCAAUUGAGGCAAAGGCUAAAGCAUACUGUCCUUACUCUAACUUCCGCGUCGGCGCCUCCGUCCUCCUCUCAGAUGGGACAUUCCACACCGGCGCCAAUGUCGAAGUCGCCUCGACCCCUGUGGGCAUCUGCGCGGAGCGGUGCGCCAUCGCCCCGCUCGUGGCCUCCAUGCCUCGACCAGAGAUGCCCGUCAUCCGAGCCAUUGGCGUGGCUACGGAUAUUUUCCCGCCAGCUUCCCCCUGCGGGAUGUGUCGCCAGUUUAUCAACGAGUUUGCCACUUCUCGGGACCUACCGAUAUAUAUGUAUGGGAAGGACGGGCUGGACGGGGAGGUCUUCCGAAUGACUAUUGGCGAGCUGUUGCCGAUGAGUUUUGGGCCGAAUGAUAUUGAGAGAAACCCGGGAAAGAAGGAAGUGGUAGGUUUAGGGAAGAUGGUCGAAGGGUAG